GUAAUUGGAUUUAUUGGUUAUUCAAUCAGUAUCUAGAAAAAGUGGAAUUUUUACCUAUCACUUUCAAAAGAACUGAAUUAUUAUGUGAUAUAUAAAUGAAACAUUAAGUAGAAGCCUUUCGCGAGCAUAGAAAAGAUUAUGUGUUUUAUAACUGAUAUUACUUAUUAUAUUACGUAUAACUUCUAAUUUCAUUCAUUCCGCAACUAUAGAGGUGGGGGAAAUCUUCAACAACCUCUAGCGGAAUCAUUCAAAAAAUCCGUGCGAAUUUAGUCAGUUCGAGGAAGUAAUACAGCUUUGGGUGUUUGUGAAUCGCGAAUGAGGAGAAGGCGAAUAUUUAACAAUUAUAACAUCGAAUACUUUGGAUUGUAACAUAACCUCAAUGUAAAAUGUCUAAACACAGGAAGGACAAAAGUUUGUCGAAACUUGAUAGCAUGGCAGAUGUCCGCGAUAUAUUAGACAUCGAGGUACCUACCACAAGUGAGCUCACGAAGGAAUCAAUUAUAGGUAGUGACAAGAAAAAUCGUAAAAAAUAUGAAUACAAAGUGCCGAAGAGACCGGAGGGUAUGCAUCGUGAAGUCUUUGCAUUACUCUGUAAAGAUAAUACUGAUGUACCUCCACUAUUUCCAACGGAUACCGCAAAGGGAUAUAAACAAGUUAGAGCUAAACUUGGUAUGAAAAAAGUGAGACCAUGGAAGUGGACACCAUUUACUAAUCCCGCUAGGACAGACGGUGCUGUUUUUCACCAUUGGAGACGAGUUGCAGAUGCUGGAAAGGAAUAUCCUUUUGCUAAAUUUAAUAAAAAGGUUCCUAUUCCAACAUAUACUAAUGCAGAAUAUGUUCAACAUUUGGUUACAAAUGGUUGGACAAGAGCAGAAACCGAUCACUUGUUUGAUUUGUGUAGGAGGUUCGAUCUAAGGUUUAUCAUAAUCAAAGACAGGUGGGAUUGUACAAAGUUCCCUGCAAGAUCCGUAGAGGAUUUAAAAGAAAGGUAUUAUCAAGUGUGUGCAGCUUUAACAAGGGCAAAAUCUCACAACGACAAGGUUUAUAUGUUUGACGCUGAACACGAAAAACGCAGGAAAGAACAGUUAAAAAAAUUGUUUGAAAGGACACCGGAACAAGUAGAAGAGGAACAAAUGCUAUUAUCUGAGCUAAGAAAGAUCGAACAAAGGAAGAAGGAAAGGGAUAGAAAGACUCAAGAUUUGCAAAAAUUAAUAACAGCUGCCGAUCACCAAGCUGAUCCAAGGAAAAAUGAAAGAAAACCCGCAAAGAAGAGUGGAGCCUCUGCUCGAAGUAGACCAAACAAAGCUGAUACCUCUCAUACAGUAGAAUCCGCUGGAAUUAAGUUUCCAGAUUUUAAAAAUAGCGGUGUUUCCCUCCGUUCUCAGCGAAUAAAAUUGCCAAGUAGUUUAGGUCAAAAGAAAAUGAAGGGUAUCGAACAAAUGCUUAAUGAACUUCGUAUAGAGUUAAAUCCACCACCCACGGAGCAAAUAUGUCAACAAUUUAACGAAUUAAGGAGCGAUAUCGUUUUACACUAUGAACUUCGAAGCGCGUUAUCGACGUGCGAUUACGAGUUACAAUCAUUGAGGCACCAAUACGAAGCUUUAGCACCAGGGAAGACAUUAACGAUACCACCUGCCUUGUUACCGAAAAGCGAGCCGGAAGUUAAAGCAGACAUAAUAGAUGUGGUGGGUUCACCCAGUAUGCCAUCUGUUACUCACUAAUUUCUAUAAUAGCUUAGAACGACAAAAACUGUAAAUAAUUUCUUGUACGUUGAAAUGCGAUAUUCAAAUUAUUGACUAAUUGAUGUUUCUCUCCUUGUAUUAUUUCUUUUUACUCUUUAUUAGAAACGAUUAAAAGUAAUUUAAGAGAAA